CCCCUUUCUUCCUUUCUCAUCAUCACCUUUUUAGGACUCAGUCUACAUGUCUGAUCAACAGCUUCUUCUUGAGCGACAAGCUCGGCGGCAUGCUCUGGCCAAGGUUGAGGAGCGCAUCAAGCAAACACCAAAUAUGCAUGUCGAACCAAGCGACCUGAAGGCGGCUGGUAUCCGCCACUUCCCUUUGUCCCUCGAGGGUGCCAAGGACCGGCCGUCUUUCUUCAGACCGUACGAAGAGGAGCUGCCUCUUCCAGUUGAGGAAGACGAAUUUCUUCAGAUUGAGCUGACCCCGGAUAAUAUCAUGUGGGACACUCGUGCGUUGGAGCUCUUCCUCUUUGACCACUUCCAUGACUGCAGAGGGUCUGCCAAGCGCGAGUAUCCCCAAAAUCCUCCGUAUGGUGUGUACCGAGAAAUUGGGGAUUUCAAGUUCGGCCAAUUACUGGAGUGUGGGAAGUUUAACUGGUAUGCUGUUUCGGUGACUGAUUACCCAGACGAGAACUUGCCCCACAUCAAGGCAAUCGUGGAAAAUGAUGCUAUUGGUGAUGGUAGACUACUCCGUGGAGAAAUCAUGACAAUUACAGACAUCAUGAGGGCCCGUCUAAGAAGCAACACACUGCGACUGCAUAUUAUUGCUCCGAUGCUGGUUCUUUCCCUCAUGGGCCCCCGUCAUGCCCGUGUUCUAGAGGCCGAUUUUGAUGGAGCGAUGCUUAACAUCCGUGCUUCGAAGUUGUAUGAUUUCACGCGGAAGAACACAGAUGCUGUGCAGCUGCUGACGCGGUAUUGGCUGGGUGGGGCAUGCGGCCAGACCACGAUGAAACCCUAAGUUGAUAUAUCUCAUUGUGGCGUUCAGGUUUGGCGUUGUACUUGAAAUGGGACGGAACAUGGGCAUUGAUCACGAUAAUUUGGAUUAGCUGGCUGAUAACGACCGUCGUUCUGGCAAUGACGUCGACAUAUACGAGUUAGGUAUAAUGGGAAAAUACUUUGCAUUCAUCAUGCUCGGGAAGUCGAAACUUCAAGGGUAAAUGCACAGAGAGCAC